UAUGGGAAAUAGUUUUUUGUAAACGAAUUAUUAAGUUUUUUUUGUGUUUAUUGUUUGUGACAUGUUUUUGCAGUUGUUCGAUGCAUUUCAGCGGCUUGUAAGUCAAUUAAAACGUCAAUUUGUGUGGAUUCGCCACUGGUUUCCAUUGCCGCAACGCUUCUACGGCUUCCGGCGGUCAUUUCUCAUAGACCCGGAACGGACAAGGGCACGCGAACGGGCCAGCUACCAGUGCAAUCCGAGGGCUACGCGUCGCCAACUGGUUAUGGACUACAUCUUUGAGUGCUUCUUCGAGGACACAUUCGAUCAGAUUACCCGCAAUGGGCUGCAGGAUCGCCAGUCGCGCCGGAAUGUGCUCGACCAUCUCAGUUCAAUUAUUAAAGGCUGCAGCGAGGGCCAAAAUACGCAGACGGAUGAGGUGGCCGGCAUAGCCGUAGUGGCGGCCAUGCGAUAUCAUCGGCUGGCCAAGGAGGAUAAUGGGGGUCGGGUAUGCCUCAUGGGCAAGUAUCACAACAUCCUGUACAUCGCCCUGCGCACCUGCUGGGACUGGGGAGUGCGCGACUCCGAGGUGGUCGUCCAACUCUUGGUGGCCAUUUAUGAGUGUGAGAAGACUUUUGAGCGGAUAUUCCUGGGCGCCUUGUUUGGGCCACAUGCUCCACACUUUAUCGCUGGUUGGCGCAGCGACUUUCAGGAUCAGCAUGAAAAUGUCCGGGCCGUGGUUUACUUUCUGAAGCAUGCCACACGCGAGAAGCUCACGUUGCCCGUCUGGAUACCCCGUUUCGAGGAGGAGCGACAGCUCAGAUUCAUUGAUGUGCCCAUUGAGUCCUGUGGAAGGUCCUCUCCGCUGCGCAUCGCCCUGCAGGCAAAUGCUCCCGAACUGCUGCUCAUUCUCCUAAGAUACGGCGCCUCACCGCAUCCCCCGGAUGGUGGUACCUCGGUAAUUUUGGCGCUGCUCGACAAACUAAUUGAGAAUGGCCGCAAUUACAGCUACGAACUGGUGCUGUGCCUUAAGAUACUGUUGCGAAACGUGGCCAUGAUUGAGAUGCCCUUUAAGCCUCUGCUGUAUGCCUCACGUAGGGAGAUGUUCUUCGAGCGUUACGGGAGACUGUUAAUCGACAAAAUCAUUGGCAAGGAGCAGGUGUAUGGUGUUCCCUCACUGCGUCAUCUAUGUCGAUGCUGCAUUCGCGAUGUCCUCCGAGAGCAUAAUCAACUGCCCAACGGCAUCGACACUUUGAGGCUGCCUAUGCGAUUGCAGCGCUACAUUGACCUCACGGAAGAGCUGGAGGGAGUCGAGGGGCAGCCAGAGCCACCAGAACAGCCAAAGCCAAAGCCGGGUAGUCGACUGGCAAGUGGCAUGCAGCGGAUGGACACCAUCAGCAGCAUAACCGAGAGCGAGGACGAAAGCGAGAACCGUGUUCAGCUGCUGGAGGCAGUCACGGAUGCGGAAAAGGCCGCGGCAGCCGCGUUUGUGGCAACCAGCGAUGGGGCAGUCACUGCUGAGGCCAAGCAAGCGGCUGUGGCAGCCUAUGUGGCAGCCUGCAGACCCGAUGCUGAUCCCGAUUUCCCACUUAUGCCCCAACAGGACGAUGACGGGGCCCCUGCCCCAGAGCUUAGCUAGUGAACACUCACCUGUAGGUGUGCUCGCUGACGUUGAUGCGGCCGGGCACGCCUGUGGUCUCCGUGCGGCUUGUGAGGUUCACGGUGUUGCCGAAGAGACAGUAACGCGGCACUCGAUUGCCAAUCACACCUGUCACGACUUCGCCUGAGUGGAUGCCGAUGGUAAUUUGCUGAGGAGAUAGAAAAUAUAAAAAAAGGGAACUUAUAACUCGAAUUUGUAAGAAUUUAUCUAGAAAAUAAACAGAGCCGUAUCCAGAGCAGCACUACAUUGCGCUAA